CGAAGCAGGUUGGGACAAGGAGCGGGUCCCAGGGCAGCUCAGGCCGGAGUCAGGAGUCGGCAAUCGGGACAAGGAGCGGAACAUGGCCGGGAUUCGCAGCGCAGCGCCGCCAAUACUCCUCGUCUACCUGUUGGCAGGAUGGACAAAGAGCUUGGAGAUCCUCCCCAGUCCAGAUCCAGAGGAGAAAGCUGUGGGCGACAGUGUGAUGUUGCGCUGCCAGUUCACACUGGACGGCAGGGAUAUCGGCCCGCUGGACAUCGAGUGGUCAAGGACUCCACCAGAUCCAACUGCUUCCCAAAUCAUUAUCAUCGACUAUUCUGGAGACAGGGUCUACGAGACCAGUGUGGAGGAUAUGAAAGGCCGCGUGCAUUUUAGCUCGGUGGACCCCAAGAACGGCGACGCUUCCAUCAACAUCACGCGGCUAAGGUCCACCGAUGCCGGCAUGUAUCAUUGCAAAGUGAAGAAGUCUCCCGGUUCAAGAACAAGACCAAUGAAGCUGGACGUUUCUAUGAAGCCGUCACCUCCAACCUGCCUUGUGGAUGGGACCCAAGAAAUUGGAAAAGACGCGGUAUUGAAAUGUCUGAGUGUGGGCACCCCUCCCAUCACCUAUUUCUGGACCAAGGAAGGAUCUUCACACAUGCUCCCUUCCACUGCAAUUGCAGAUGUCUCUGCCGGAACUCUGAAAGUGAGGAACGCCAGCAUGGAUAACUCCGGGGUCUAUAAGUGUACGGCGAAGAACAGGGUGGGAAGCUCGGAAUGUUUCAUCAGGCUCGCCGUCUCCUCCUCAUCGAACAACGGCGGCAAGAUCGCUGGGGCCAUCAUUGGUGUCCUCCUCGCCUUGCUAUUGAUCGCAGUCAUCAUCUGGUUCAUCCUCCGGAGGAAGAAGAAGAAGACGACAUAUGAGAAGGAGGAGCCAUUCGAGAUACGGGAGGAUGUUCCCGCUCCAAAGAGCCGUGUUUCAACCGCGCGGAGUUACACCGUGGAUUCCCAGCGUUCCUCUCUGGGGUCAAUGUCUCCUUCCAACAUGGAGGCCUACAAGACCCACUACGACCGACUGGCCAUUGACGAGAAUGAGCGGCCCCCCGCUCACAGCCCGACCCUCACCCCUUCCUUCAAGGUAGCCGCUCCGAGCCUCAGCCGCAUGGGGGCCGUUCCCGUCAUGAUACCAGCACAGCACCGGGACGGUUCCAUCGUGUAGCACUCAGCUCCCGGCCACCCCACCAGGCCCAACGCCAACCUCCCGACCCUUAACCCCACUCCCGACCCCAACGCCAACCUCCCGACCCUUAAUCCCAAACCCAACACCCAAUCCUUAAACCUAAUCCUUGAUCCCAACCCUUAAUCCCACCCCCCCACCCCCAAAUCCCUAAAAGCCACACCCAAAUCCCAACCCAUUCACCCCAUCCUCAACCCCAACCCCGCCCC